UUCUUCAUCGAUCUCCUUUGCCUUCUAUGGAUGUUGCUAUCCGUGAGCUUAUUGCGGAAGAAACUUGGUUUAAGGUCUUCCCAGUCAGUUUUUGCCACUCCGCUGCUCUUGCCCACCCCACCUUCUCCUUUAUUUCAGGUUACUGGCAAGCCCAAGCAUCGGGUUUCCAUAGAUGAGUGCAGCUUCUGUCAUCAGAAAGGCCAUUGGAAACAUGCUUGUCCUAAACUUUUGCAGCCCAAGGGUCGUUUAUCUGGUCCACCAUCCUCUAAGCCGACAUCUUCGGGAUCUCGCUCAUCUGCUGCCUUUUUUGCACCAGUUUCUGAGAAUGGUCCAUCUUCCAAUAUGCAGUCUAUGUUUAAGCAGUUCAAGUCUUUCAUGGUGACCAAUGCAAAUCUUUCGUCUCAGGCCUCCGCUAUGACUACCACUCAGUUAGGUUUGUCUGGUUCAUCCUCCUCAGUGUUGUGCAAGAUCGAGUAUCCAAGAGGCAGAUUGGAAUUGGACGUAGAGUUGGAGAACUAUAUAUAUCCUGGACAGCUUGCAUGUUCCUCCAAAAGUGUCUUCUACUGCAUUGUCUUCUUUUUGUUUAAACAAUAAGGGGUUGUUUGGGAUGAUCUAAAUAA